GUAAGUUCGAAAACGCGUCUCGAGAACCACCACACCUUGUCUACUUCCACCAUGCUUUAUACGAUCAGCCAACCUUAAGGAGCAAAAGAUGUGUGGUGGAUGCACAUUUUGCAAUGGCAGUCAUCGGACUUUUGUUUUUGGCUCGUAAUUAGACAGUAGCUUUGAAAUUAAUGAAAAUUCACUGAAAUAUGGAAGACAAACGAUCACCGCAAUGGUCAUCAGAAAAUACAGAUGUCAAUCAAGAUGAGUUAAUCCUUCAACAACAGAGACGUAUUGAAAGAGAGAUAUCCGAGUCAAUAGCUCUAGUAGGUGAAAAAGAGUCUUUAAUUAGCUUAGAACUUGAAUAUGCUAAGGAUGAAGUAUAUCUUGCAAAAACAAAAGUUUUGGGACAGAAGUACUCAUAUAUUAGAAGAACAAGGCCCGAUGGGAACUGUUUCUUCCGAGCAUUUAGUUAUGCUUACCUCGAAAGACUGAUUGAUAACAAGGAGGAAUAUGAAAAAUUUAGAGAACUUGCUCUGAAGAGUAAAGACAACCUUGUUGCUUUAGGAUUUCCACAAUUCACUGUCGAAGAUUUUCAUGACACGUUUAUGGAAGUGAUUGACAAAGUUGGUGGGGAUUCAGAGGCCAGUCGUUUGGAAUUACAUAAAUUAUUCAAUGAGCAAGGUUAUUCAGAUUAUGUGGUUGUAUAUCUUAGAUUAAUAACUUCUGGCCAACUACAACGAGAGGCAGAUUUUUAUCAACACUUUAUAGAAGGGGAUCGUACGAUUUCAGAAUUCUGCCAUCAGGAAGUAGAACCGAUGUACAAAGAGUCUGAUCAUAUCCACAUUAUAGCAAUGAGCACAGCUCUUGGAACUGGAGUCCGAGUACGUUACAUGGAUCGAGGUGCAGGUACUGAAGUGACAGCACAUGAUUUUCCUGAAGGAGCAUUACCAACUGUCCAUUUACUCUAUCGUCCUGGCCACUAUGAUAUUCUAUAUCCCUGAUAAUUCUUGUCUCAUCGUGUCAUCCAUCUCAAUAUUUUACACCUUACAAAAACCUGUUGAGCUCGCCAUUGUUAAUUCUUAUACGUAAUUGGAUUCUACGACAUAUUGAUUGUUUAUUAUUGAAUGUGUAAUGAUAAGAUUAUCUGUAUCCCAGACUUCUUUUAGGUAAUGCAAGGAAAUAAUGUUUGUUCUUUUAAAAUGGAUUUUUUUUUCAAAAUGCAAUAGAUUUUUAACGCUCGACUUCAUUUCUCUGAUUACUAGCAAAAGAAUAAAACAAUUGGCAACUCGUUCUACAUAAACAUUAUUUGAGAUAAUGCAAUAAUAUUAAUUAGUAAUCGAAAAAGCCCUGAUUCACUUAAAAGUUCUAUAUGAUACACAUACUAUGUCUUCAUUGCAACUAAGCGUAAAGCAAGUGCUUUCAAUUGUUAACGUUUUCUGUUCCAUCCAAACAAUAAAUUGAAAUGAUUUAAAAAAA